CAGCAUAGCAUUGCAGUGAAGCGGUUUUUCGGAGAACUGCGGGGCGUGCGGAGCAAGUGCGGUGUAAACAUUGUAACUUAAGAUUUGAGUCUUUUAAUUCUCUAAGGGGCCGUCAUUCAUGUCAGCGGCAAUGCUUCGCAAGGUUGUUCCCAGGCCCCUCACGUGGUGCAAUAGAUGGCAGGCCGUACGGAACCUUUACGUUCAGCUGCCAGAAACUCACGAAAUGCUGCGCAAGACCUGCAGGGAGUUCGCAGAAAAGGAACUGAAACCUAUCGCUGGAACCAUUGACAGAGAACAUCGGUACCCGCGUGAGCAGGUGAAAAAGUUGGGCGAAAUGGGCCUCAUGGCUGUAGCUGUGCCAACUGAGCUGGGUGGUGCUGGCUUGGACUACCUGGCCUAUGCCAUCGGAAUGGAAGAAAUCAGCCGUGGUUGUGCAUCCACAGGGGUCGUCAUGAGCGUUAACAAUUCUCUGUACCUGGGUGCCAUCCUCAAGUACGGCACUGAAGCUCAGAAGCAGAAGUUCAUUCCACCAUUCACCACAGGAGAGAAGGUCGGCUGCUUUGCUCUCUCAGAACCUGGCAAUGGCAGUGAUGCUGGUGCAGCUUCCACGACAGCAGUUCUGGAAGGCGACCACUAUAGGCUGAACGGCACCAAGGCUUGGAUAACAAGUGCAUACGAAGGUGAAGCAGCCAUUGUGAUGGCCACGGUGGACAAGUCCAAGAAGCACAAGGGCAUCAAUGCCUUUAUUGUACCGAUGCCAUCACCCGGUCUGAGCCUGGGCAAGAAAGAGGACAAGAUGGGAAUUAAGGGCUCGUCAACGGCCCAGCUCAUCUUCGAAGACUGCCUCGUACCCAAGGAGAACCGGUUGGGUGAAGAUGGGGCAGGCUUCAAGAUUGCCAUGAGUGUGCUCGACUCCGGUCGCAUCGGCAUCGCGGGCCAGGCUCUUGGGAUUGGCCAAGCAGCCUUAGACUGUGCCAUGGAGUACUCUGGCAAGCGGGAGUGCUUCAAUCAACCCCUUCACAAAUUCCAGGCCAUUCAGUUGAAACUCGCGGACAUGGAAGUGAGGUUACAAAGUGCCCGUCUGCUAACGUGGAGGGCAGCCAUGUUGAAAGAUGCUGGCCUAAAGUUUACGAAGGAAGCUGCCAUGGCAAAACUAGCUGCUUCAGAGGCAGCAACCUUUGUAGCACAUCAGGGACUACAAAUACUGGGUGGCAUGGGCUACGUAACUGACAUGCCAGCAGAGCGGCAUUACCGUGAUGCCCGCAUCACCGAGAUUUACGAGGGCACCAGCGAAGUGCAGCGUAUUGUGAUAGCUUCUAAUUUGCUCAAAGAACACGGCAUUUUGUGAUUUGGA